GGGACUCGAGGCCCCCCUGUUCCUCCACAGUGCUAGUCUUCCCUCCUCACCGUCCCUGGAUGAAGCCAUUCCUGAGUCGGUAAUCCCGUCCAAAAGUCUGCCCAGGAAGAUGGAAAUCAUAUCGGGAAUGGGAAAUUAACAUGCAUCCUGAUCCUGGGUCUUCGGCACCAUCAAUCAUUGCCCUGAGACCCAUCCAAUCUGCUGCUUAGCCGACCUCGUAUUCACGAGGUUGUUCUGUAGGCUAAAGCCAUCGGCUCACGCUAAGGCACAAACUUACCAGUCAUACGAGGCUGAGAAGCGAGCAUGUGGAGAUUUCAGGCCAAAGUCGAUCAAACUCGAUACGAUCUUUGCGCCAUCUGAAAUGGCAAGCUAAAGCCCGUCAGGAAAUUGAGCAGCGUUCUCUGAGAGGGGGUCUGGGUCGGCUCACUCCGGAGUAUAUAGGGGACUUUGGUGCCGUGCGCCACGCGCACACAGUCACGAAUUUUCACACCCUACCACUAUCGAGAUGAUUCAAAAACAGUCGAUUGGUCUCUAUGCUCUUUCAUUAUUUCCAUUGACAAGGGCCAUGGUGUAUUCUACGACGUCUUCAACUGCCGCUGCACAUGAUUCAUUGCGGCCGGAUCUCGCUGAAGCGACACCAUGGGCAGACGCCGGCCUCAGGGGAUUACAUCGACGUGAUGGAUAUAAUGACUCUUAUACGGGAACAGUUAUCUCUGCAACUGGAAGUGCAGCAGUCCCUGCGACAACCACAUAUACGGAAUGGGCAAGUGCCAGCGUAUGUGGUUUCGUUGACGGAGUCCUAGACUACUCCUCCGAAAUUGCAUGCUACGGCUACACGCAAUGCGUCUUCCAUACGGCAGAUGUCAAUUAUCCCGCCAUGGUAGGCUGUUGCGACAAUGCCUAUUCCCAGAAAUGCCUGUUCGAGACCACCUGCUACGACAGUGCCCAAGUCGCCGCAACUCCUAGCCUGACUGAAUCACCUGAAAAUGGCGCAAUCUUCUGCACGAAGUCUACCGCUGCAUCUUGUAUUCACUGGACAUACCCCGAGCUAUCCAUCACCGACUUCGGAUGCUCGAAUAUACAUACGACCCAGACACUAUAUUUGACGGCCCACCCAUACUCGAACAACGUCCCAAUCAGCAAGAGUCUCAGCUAUUACAACGGAAUACCCACAGUCGCAUCUGUGAUCGGAUCUGUGGUGAACGAUAACUUCAUCUCGGACUACUUCAACCAAGCUGCUGCCACAGGAUCAGUGAAUCGAAAUGUACCAACAUCAUCGGGCGCUGCUUCCUCGGGUGCUGCAUCUGGUUCAGCAACAGGAUCAUCAGCAGCAUCUAAUUCCGGAUCUACUACACACCAUUCCAACACUGCCGCAAUUGCCGGAGGUGUGGUGGGUGGAGUCGUGGGUCUGGCUGGCAUCGGAGCGGCUAUCUUCAUGUUCUGCUUGAUGCAAAAGAAGAAGAAGAACAACCAACAGCCGACAUAUGAGCCAGCUCCCACGGGUGGCAGCGUUGUAUCAUCACCUCCUCCUCCUCCUCCUAUGAGUGAUCUUCCCUCCCCGUCGGAAGUUAGUGGAUCCUCCUACCACAAAUACGCCGCUGUCGAUGCAUACCAAGCAGAGCAAAAGUUCCAAUCCGGCCCUCAACCACAAGAGAUGGAUUCGCGAAGCUUUGUUGCAGAGCUUCCUGUGCCUGCUCCGGAUUCACGCCCUCUUUCUUACGGGGAGACGCCAAUUUCCUAUACAUCGGGGCAUAGGUAUUAAAGUUAGAUGUUAACAUGUGGAUUCUGGACAUUCAUACAUACAUAAUACCCUACCAA